UAUGAAGUAGAACUCAUACUUGUUGAGGGAAAUUUGAAUCAUGAGAGAACAGGGAAAACCCUGAAGUUAUCAAGGGGACAGAAGCAUGACAUUCUUGAAACCCUUGCAUCCAAAAUGCAUAGCUUUAAAGCAUAUCCCAGUGAUAAAGACAUUUCAGUGGUUGCAGAAGCGCUUGUCACCACCCAUCCUUGUCUUAAAGAACCAGGAACGCAGACAGGAUGGUAUGGUUGGAAAAAUAGUCUGAAGUUUAAGAUGGGUAACUUCUGCACUAAGUUGAGUCGGGCAGGAUAUAGUGAGGUAGCUGUAAAUUCUGGAAAGAGAAGCAGAAACAACCCUGACAAACAAUCUCCCCACACUGACAUAAAGAGACCAAAAAGGGCAGAAGUGAAUUUUCUCCCCAACUUUCCAAAAGGAGAAGAUGGUUCAAGCCUUGAGCGACAGAGACUCCAGAUUGUAGAUGAAGUUAUAAGGACUGACAAAAACCUCCCUCUGAUUGCAAAGUUGAUGCAGACCACCUUUUCCCUGCGACGCAAAGAGGUCAUCAAUGAUGACUUGCCUGUUGGAGAGAUCCUGGAGCGCUGGCCUGCCCUAAAGAUGGAGUCACAGAUUUGUGCAGAGUUUCACAGAAUCACAAACAUCAACCUGAAGAACCACUUCUAUUCUGAGUUAGACAGACAUGUCCCUCGUCUUCAGAGUUUGUUCAGGAAGAAAGCUGCGCGCACAGGGAAGGUGUCUGAAGUCCUGGAUCAGCUCUUCAACACUUAUGACCGCCAGGAACAAGUUGACGUCAAUGUCCUCCGUGCUGCCGUCCUCCGUGCUCUCCCUACAUAUCUGCAUGAGGAUGACUCCGGAUUUCUGAAGCUGUGGGAUGUAAGUCAGCAUAUUAUUAAGACUUGUAAUGAAUCUGUUGAACAUGUUAUAUAUUUCAUCUGUUUUAUUCAGAUGCUGUCAUUUUGGUGUAUGAUUGCCAUGAUAUUAAAAAGUGAAAAAGAUUAAUAUAGUAAUAAUUGUCCUGCAACAUCUACAGUAGGCUUAAUCUUACCUGUGAGGAAUUAGUAAUUAAACUUUGCAUUUACUGGUCAAACCUCAAUUCAUGCUGCAGUUUUUAAAAUUCCAUUUAAAACCUGCAGAGCUGGAAUAGUAUGCUAAACAAUAUCAACAUCUAUA